CCACCUUUCCUCCUCUCUUCAUCCCUCUCUCUCUCUGUCUCUGUCUCCCCUCCUCCUCUGCAGGAGAUCGUCAACUUCAACUGCCGUAAGCUGGUGGCGUCCAUGCCGCUGUUUGCCAACGCCGAGCCCAACUUCGUGACGGCCAUGUUGACCAAGCUGCGCUUCGAGGUCUUCCAGCCGGGCGACUACAUCAUCCGCGAGGGCACCAUCGGCAAGAAGAUGUACUUCAUCCAGCACGGCGUCGUCAACGUGCUCACCAAAGGCACUCUGGGAAUGAAGCUGUCCGACGGAUCCUACUUCGGUGAGAUCUGCCUGCUGACUCGCGGGCGGCGGACGGCGAGUGUGCGCGCGGAGACCUACUGCCGCCUCUACUCGCUGUCGGUGGACCACUUCAACGAGGUGCUGGAGGAGUACCCCAUGAUGAGGAGGGCCUUCGAGACCGUGGCGGUCGACAGACUCGACCGAUUAGGCAAGAAGAACUCCAUCCUAAUUCACAAGGUCCAGAACGACCUCAACACGGGCGUCUUCAACAACCACGAGAACGAGAUGAUCCAGGAGAUCGUCAAGUACGACCGCGAGAUGGUGAAGCUGGUGGACCUGCGCCGGACGCGCUCCAUGUCCAUGACCCCCUCCAUCGGGGGCAUGUUCGCCCAGGCGGGCCCCUCCGGACCGGGCGGCGCCGGCGGCUCGGCCAUCGCCACGCUCCAGCAGGCGGUGGCCAUGAGCUUCUGCCCGCAGAUGUCCAAUCCCCUGGCGGUGCCCGCGGUGCUGCAGUCCCCCCGCAUGGUGCGCCGCUUCCAGGUGCUCCAGAACCUGUCCAGCCCGGUGGCGCUGUCUCCGCUCCAGGGCCCGCCGCCCGGCGCCGGCGCCUUCGCCUCCGCACUCUCCUCUCCGCCCGUGCAGAGCCCGUUGGUGCAGAGCCCGCUGGUGCAGAGCCCGCUGGUGCAGAGCCCGCUGGCCGCCACCAGCGCUCGGACCUUCCAGUACGCAGCCGCCACCGCCGCCGCUGCUGCGAGCCCCAUGGCCGGCCCGCUCGGGGUGCUCUCGGGCUCACAGCUGUCCCUGGUGCAGCAGCAGGGCACCGGCGGGGGGGGCGUGGGGGGCGGCGGGUCGAGCGGGGCAGCGGGGAGCCCCACCCAACGCAGCGGUGCGCACAAGAGCACCCACUCACUGCAGGCCGCCGGGAUGAGCCAGAACGUCCGAGCGCUCUCCACUUCGCAGCCCUCGCUGCCCCAGGAUCCGGGGCCGACCCCGGCGGUGGGGAUGAGGUCAAGGAAGGGGUCAGGGGCGACACCCGCGAGGCCCAGCCCACCCUCCUCCACCCGCGUCUCCUCCAGCUCGAUCGGCUCGCCCGUGCGCCCCCCUCAGACGCUGCCGGCUGUGCCGGGUCCCUCGGGGGUCAGGAGGGUGGGGGCCUCGUCCUCUGGCACCUUUACGCCUCCCUCCACCACCCCCACCGCAGGGCCCCCCGCCCCGGCCCCUGCCCCCACCCGCACCACCACACCCACCCCUGCCCCCACCCGCACACCCACACCCACCCCCAUUACCACCCGCACCCCCACACCCACCCCCAAGGACUCUGCGACGCUGCGCAAGAAAGAUUCCAUAGUCAGCCUCCCCGAGAUGGACGCGGCCAGAUCCCGCCUCUCCUCCAACCUUUGA